AUGGCCGGCAAACGCCAAUACGACAUUGUUCUGCUGGGCGCGACGGGCUACACAGGAAAGCUAACUGCCGAAUACAUCACGUCAAGUCUUCCCACCAGCAUAAAAUGGGCCGUCGCCGGACGCAAUCAGUCCAAGCUGCAGUCACUGGUCGACGAGUUGAAGAAACUCAACUCCACACGUUCCACGCCCGACAUCAUCACUGUCGCCAAUCUCACCACCCCUGAGUUGACCGCUCUUGCCAAGAAGACCCGAGUCAUCCUCAACACUAUUGGUCCAUACUACUUGCACUCAACUCCAGUCGUCGAAGCCGCCGCACAAACAGGCACGCACUACCUGGACGUGACAGGCGAGACGCCGUGGGUCAAGGAGAUCAUUGUCAAGCAUGAGGCGACGGCGAAGAAGACGGGCGCGAUCUUGAUUCCCCAAGUCGGCGUCGAAUCCGCCCCGUCAGACCUGGUCGCCUACAUCGCAACCCGCCUGGUACGUAAAGUCUGGGACUGCGGCGUUAUGGACAUCGUAGCCUCGGUGCAUGAGCUCAAAUCAUCCGGACCCAGCGGCGGAACGCUGGCCACCGGUCUCGGCAUGGCUGACCACUACUCCGCCCAACAAGUCCGCGAGGCCUUCACCGACCCCUUCGUGCUGUCCCCAAGCCAUCUGAAGCCCUACACCAAAGACAACAUCUACCCUCGCAACCCAGAGCCCAACACGUACAUCCGCACGCCACUCCAGAAAUUCACCGGCGUAUGGUCGUACCCACGCCUGGGCAACCUAACCACCUCUCUGGCCGCCAAGCCCAAUGAGGCCGUGGUACACCGCUCCGCCGGCCUCAAUCCAUACUUCUACGGCUUCAACUUCAGCUACGAGGAGUACAUGGCUGUCUCAUCUCCCAUCGUCGGCGUGCUGAUCCAUAUCGCCAUCUCAAUCCUUACCCUCCUCCUCGCAUUCCCACCCACCCGUGCAAUCCUCAAAAUCUUCAACAGCGUCAAGCCAGGCUCCGGCCCAGCCAAGGAAUCGACCAAGAACGACGCAUACGAGCUACGCGCCGUCGCCAUCGCCGAGCAGCUCGCCAAGCCACCCCGCAAGGCCCUCGCCACCUUCCGCUACGAGGGCGGCAGCGUCUACGAACUCACCGCCAAGCUGCUCGCCGAGGCCGCCGUCGUCUUGCUUACCAAGGAGGAGGAGCUCAAGAACAAGCACGGUGUCGGAUUUCUCACCCCGGCCUCUCUCGGUGAUGACUACCUCGAGCGCCUCGAUUCUGCGGGUGUGCAGAUCAGCGUUAAGCAGAUUGGUGAUGUUGGAAGUAAGUAA